CCAUCCUCAAGUACAUCAUCGCCAACUACAAGGUCGGAGACAACCCCACCGCCAUCAACGCCCGCCUCAAGACCGCCCUGAGAGCCGGAGUCAAGGCUGAAACCCUGAAACAGUCCAAGGGAACUGGCGCCGCGGGAUCUUUCCGCCUGGGAGAGAAAUCCGUGGAGAAGAAGAAGCCUAAGAAGGACAAGAAACCCAAGGACAAGAAGAAAUCCCCCAAGAAAACCGUCAAGCCCAAGAAAGCUCCUGGUACCAAGAAGACACCAACCAAAUCCAAGAAGACUGGUGACGUCAAGAAAGUUACCAAAAAGGCCACCGGUGCCAAGACGAAAAAGGCCACCACCAAGAGCCCGGGAAAGAAAAACUCUCCUGCCAAGAAAUCGACAGCUGCCAAGAAAGUGGCCAAGAAAGCCGCACCCAAAACCACCAAGCCCAAGAAAGCUGCUGCUACCAAGAAGUAAAUUUACUUCUCAGCUCUU